GUUGACAUCGACUUUGAUAAAGAUCCAAUUGGAGUUGGGAAGGAUGGGGAAAAUGUUUACUUCAAGGAUAUCUGGCCUGGUAAUGACGAAAUUGCAGAGGUUGUUCAAUCUAGUGUGCUGCCUGAUAUGUUUAAGAGUACUUAUGAGGCUAUAACGAAAGGCCACCCCAUGUGGAACCAGCUCCCUGUACAGGCUUCCACACUUUACUCUUGGGAUCCUAAAUCUACCUAUAUUCACGAGCCUCCGUACUUCAAGGACAUGACUAUGGAUCCACCGGGUCCACAUGGAGUGAAUGAUGCCUUCUGCUUGCUUGUUUUUGGUGACAGUAUAACCACAGAUCAUAUUUCUCCCGCCGGAAGCAUCCCCAAGGACAGCCCUGCUGCAAAGUAUCUCCUUGAGCGUGGAGUUGAUAGGAAAGAUUUCAAUUCCUACGGUAGCCGACGUGGCAAUGAUGAGGUGAUGGCUAGAGGCACUUUUGCCAAUAUCCGCUUGGUUAACAAGCUCUUGAAUGGAGAAGUGGGCCCUAAAACAGUCCACAUUCCAACAGGAGAGAAGCUGUAUGUAUUUGAUGCAGCCAUG